GAGGAAGCAAUAACCGCACGAGUCGUUUUAAUUUUCCGUUAUGAAGCUUCGAUAGCGGUUUAAACCCGAAAACGAAAACAAAAACAAAAGAAAAGAAACGGCCAAAUCAUUAUUGAUCUAUUUUCGUCUCUCUCUCUGUGAUUUCUGAAUAGUGAAGGGGUUCGAGGUCGAUACGACGCCGGUUAGCUCAUUUCCCGGCGAGAGAGAGAGAGAGAUUGGAGAUGGAUGAUCGAGGAGGAGGAGGCUCGUUCGUGGCCGUGAGGAGGGUUGCUCCACGGCUGGAACAAAGAAGCGUUUACCAUUCUUCAUCAUCUGCUGAGGUUGUGGCUGGAUCGGCAGCUUGGUUAGGCCGUGGCCUUUCCUGUGUUUGUGCCCAGGGAAGCAAUGGCGACACUCGUCUUUCUUUUGAUCUUACACCUGCUCAGGAAGAAUGCCUGCUGAGGUUGCAGAGCCGCAUUGAUGUUGCAUAUGACAGCUCAAUACCUCAGCAUCAGGAAGCUCUCAGGGAUCUUUGGAAACUUGCCUUUCCAGAAGAAGAGCUACACGGAAUUGUUUCUGAGCAGUGGAAGGAAAUGGGUUGGCAGGGAAAAGACCCAUCAACUGAUUUUAGGGGUGGUGGUUUCAUAUCUCUUGAAAACUUGUUGUUCUUCGCUAAGAAUUUCCCGAAAUCCUUCCGGGACCUUCUGCGGAAGCAGGUUGGGGAUCGUUCUGUGUGGGAAUACCCGUUUGCCGUUGCUGGCGUCAAUAUUACGUUCAUGCUUAUCCAGAUGCUUGGCCUUGAAGCAGUGAAACCACGAAGUAUUGUUGGCGAAACAUUUUUGAGAUUCCUUUCAGUGAAUGAAUCUGCUUUUGACCUUCUGUAUUGUAUUGCCUUCAAGCUAAUGGAUCAGCAAUGGCUCUCCAUGCGUGCUUCAUACAUGGAAUUUAACACGGUAAUGAAAUCGACAAGGCGGCAAUUGGAGAGAGAGAUAAUGGUGGAAGACAUAACAGGUAUUGAAGAUAUGCCAUCAUACAGCCUUCUAAGUCAAUAAAUAGCAAGCAGCUUACGAAGGACUACAUUGUAAGUAGAAAGAUCUAACACCUCAAGAAACUCUUAUGUCUAAAA